AGAAUACCGGAACACUGUUUGCUUCCUAAUAAUUUCGAUUCCAAUUGGCUCGUAGCUGUCACAUGCUCAAAAAUGGCUGCCCCCAGGCCUGGUGGUCAAGUUGAUGGGUGGAAUGACCCACCUAUGUUAAACUUUGUCUCUGCUAACACUUCACCUGCACCUCGACAGCAACGCACACUUUUGAACAAAAGAGUUGGCUUCCCUCUCUCUACAGCCAGUGAAGGACCACAACCAAAUGCAAUAGUUCCACAGUCCCCAGACUCAGCAGGAAUGUUGCUCAGCCCAAAAAGUGGACCACCAAAGCUUCCACCUGUACAAAUCCUCCCACCCAGUGCAUCAACAUCAGUGAACCCACCCGUCCCUCUGCUAGUUACACUGAGCCCCCCCAUAGAUCACAGCUCCCUGCCGCCAUCAUUUGUUUCUGCUAUACGAGAUCCACAAUGGUUAGAGACACUUCCAGAACUCUUGGAGAGGCUGGAGCUAGACUCAACAGAUUCUCUGAGAAAAUACACCAAGAAAAUCUUGCAUGAAAUGGUGGAUCAAUGCAAAGACAGUAUACAGGGUCGUUCCAGGGAGGAUGUCCAAACUAGGCUUGGUAUAUUAGAUGACCAGUGGAGAGAAGAUAAGCUUUCUGAGGGUGCAAAGAUCAAGUUAGGCUGUCUGGCUUGUGCACUUAAAAACAUGGAUCUUAAACAAGCAGAUAAUCUUCAUUUAGCCUUAAUGGUUGAUCACAUAUCUGAGGUCAGUCAAUGGAUGGUUGGAGUCAAACGUCUUAUCAAUGAACUAAAAUUGUCAGCAUCAUCCCCUACCACCAACAACACCAAGAAACUAUUGUUUACAUCACAAGACAGUAGUGACGACUCCUCAUCUGUGGACGUUCCCAAAGCUGACUCCUUCGAUGUCUGCUUAGACACAGUGCAGUUCACAAAUUUAAAACCUGUUUUAAUGCCUGAGGCUCUUGUUUCCUCAACAGCCAUCCAUGACAGUGUAGAAGGGAAUGUAGCCGCUACAGAUAGUGUAGAAGGGAAUGUAGCCGCUAGAGAUAGUGUAGAAGGGAAUGUGGAUGCCAGUGAUAAUGUAGAAGGGAAUGUGGAUGGUAGUUUAGAAAAGACUGAACAACAAAAAAUGACACACAAGGAACCAGAUAUUGAUGACAAGGAUGUAAAACACAAACAAGAAGAAAAUAGAUGAUGAAACACUCUCAUAUCAGAUUUUAGUAAUAAAUUUAUUUAAGGCCACUUAUAACUGAAAACUGCUCUGUUAUGUCACACAAUAUUUUUCUUCUGUACAUUGGGUAAGAUUUUAUAAAUUUAAGUGAAUAUGCAAAUGGUGCAAGUCUCAUUAAUGUUGUGUACAAUUAUUUCUUACUAACCAUUGAAGUAUACAGAAAGUAGCAUUGUUUUCCACCUCAUGGUUGUUUAUUAAGUUAGUAACAGAUUAAUAUUCUUUGAGUUUGUCUUGAUAUAUUAGUGUGACACUUUUAUUAUCUUCUGUUUUUUUACUCCAUCCAUGAGGUAGAAGUCAGGGUUUUUAUUUCCUAUUUAUGAAAAUAUUAGGGUAUGUUAGUUUGGGUUUUUUAACUGAUUUUUAAAUUAUUAAAAUGUGAAAUUUUUUCCUAAAUACAAUCUGAGUUGACAUAUUUAGCAAUUUUCAAUAGCAUGAAAUGUAGUACUGCCUGUCAUAUAACUUGUAGAUGUUUAAUGUAUAUUUAUUUAUAUACUUUGAUUUUGUAAACAGUUACUAACAUUUUUCCCUUUAUUAAUCUUUUCUGCAUUUAAUUUUUGUAUGAUGAUGCCAAUUUGUAUUUUGAAUUAUUUUUGUAAACAAUGUAUGUUUUAAAUUCAUU